AUGGAAACCCAGUUCGAUGAAGAGAUCAAGCAGUUCUUUCCCUUCCCUCCAUACAAAAUUCAGCUGGACUUCAUGAAAACGCUCUACAAUGUGUUGAAAAAAUCCAACCUCACAUUUGGCGAGGAGGUCCGGCCGGUUUACGACAUUAUUCAAAAGAACCAGAACCUUCAGAAGAUGGUGGUAGAAGAGGUGGAGGGUGGGGUGGAAAUCUUUAACGGUCAGGUAUGUGCAGGGAAUAGUCAGGUGGGCAAGGAAGAUGGGGACCCCCACGAGGACCACAUCAUCUCUGAAAUGAAGACCGGUUCUGGAAAAUCGCUCAGUCUGUUGACACCACUGGUUUAUUGGCUGCUGAAACACAAAUUUGACUUCUUCCUCCUGAGGGAAGACACUCAUCUGCGGAAGGAAGAACCCGAGUGGGUGAAGGAAUCCGUCACAGAGAACCUCCUGCGGAAGUUCUCCCGAUCACAGAAGGUGCAGAAGAAGAGGAAGGAGGAAGACCUGACCAUCCUGAACCGCUACUUCUACAUCUCUGAUGACAAAAUAACGUUAAAGGGAAAUUUAAGAGUGGAAAAAAAACAGGUCCAGGUGGUGAUGCAUAAGCCGGGGGAAGACCGCUUCGACACACAGGGGGAGGUGGAUAACCUGAGCGAUUGCUCUGUGGAGGGGCCGUCCAAGAAGCAGAUCUUCAUUUGCAGCCGAACCCAGUCACAACUGAAUCAGUACUUCUCAGAGCUGAAAAAGAUUGAGGAGAGAGUAGGGAGGGACCUACCCAUUAAUAUGGUCAUCCUGGGGAGUAGGAAGCAUCUAUGCGUUAAUGAGCCCUUCCUGAAGAAAUGCAGAAGUGUGAACGAGCUGAACGACUGCUGCCGGAACAGCGAUUGUAGGUACAAGAAAAUAUUUAAGGAAAACAUGCUCCAGAGGAGGCAAAAAAGGGAAAAGAAAAAGAACAAAAUUUUCUACGAUUCGUCUUCGUCAAGUGGAAGCACCAGUGAUCGAAGUGACGACAGUAGUAGCAAUGGCAGAUUGGCAAGUGUGAAACCCCCGAACAGUAACCUGGACAACUACAGCCUCGUGUCAAAACUGAUUAACUGCAAAAAUUUAAAAAUAAACCAAGUGAAAAACAUAUGCAUGAGUGAUCAGAUAGAGGUGUGCCCUUACUACCUGAGCAGGGAGAACGUAAAAAACGCAGACAUAGUCCUCCUGCCGUAUGUGUGUAUCUUGAAUGAGCAUGUCAGGAGGGGCUUAAAAAUUUCCAUUAAAAAUAACAUCGUGAUUUUCGACGAGGCGCAGAACAUCAUAGACAGCAUCAAUGAUUCCAAUUCUGCAGCCAUAACGUAUGGGGAUAUCCUUUUUUGUAAAUAUAUUUUAGAGGAGUAUGCGAAGAAAUACCAGCAGGUCUUAAACAACAGUAACGUCGUUUCGAUAAAGCAGGUCGUCAUUUACUGUGAUAUGUUGCUUUCCUCCUUCAAAGGCGUUAAGGAGAGCCUCGUAAAAGUCACCAACUAUAUUUUGACAUCUCAAUUAGAUGCACUGAACCUGAAUCAUAUUUCGAACCUUCUUAGUAACUCCACUUUUUGUAGAAGAAUAAAAAUCUUCGCAGAAACCUAUCUGAGGAAGAACUUCCCUCAGCAGGUUAAAAACCUUUCGACAAGUGUAAACACGUCGGCCAUUUACCUCCUCAGCGACUACACCAAUAAAAUGAUUCGCUCCAAUCGGUACGACUAUGUGUUUCUACAUAGGGGGGGUGGUCGAACGGAAAAGGAAGAACCGCCUACCAGGUUAUCUGCAAAUGGGGGACCCAAUAAACGGAGUUGCUUCCCCACUGAAGGGGAGACACACAUGGAAAGGAUCAAACGGUUUAAGCAGGGCGACUCCGCAAACGUGCAGCAAAAAACAACGGAUGAUACGGCAACGUGCAUUCAUAGCAACGCCGACGACACGAUCAGUGCAUUUGUGGAAGACCUAAUCACGCGAAAGAACCCACAAAUGUUCCACCGAAUAGAAAUCGUUAGUGUGAGCUCCUGUAGCAACUUUGAAAAAAUUACGAACGACUGCAGCAACGUCAUUCUAAUAGGAGGAACGCUACAACCGAUAGAAGAGUUCCUCCUACUCUUCAUGAAUCAAAAGGAGAAAAAAAAAUCUGUAAAGUUAUUCCUGUCAGAUUAUAUUUUCAAGGAGAGUAAUGUGUUCUGUAGAAUCAUCAGUACCAACCUAGUGACCUACGAACCAAUUGACAACACUUUUAAAAGCAGGAAUAAAAAAACGCACCUCCUAAAUUUAGCCAUUCAGAUUCACCUCCUCACUCUACAUGUUCGCUUCGGAAACAUUGUUUUUUUUUCGUCGUACAAAUUUUUACGAGAGUUUUUCACCUUCCUGCAAAAUGAAGGUCAGUACGUCUUAACCGAAAUGAAGAGAAAAAAAAAUAUUUUUUUCGAGGAGAAAAAUGGAGACAACGACGUCCUUAAGGAUUACAUGCAGAGCGUCCAACAAAUACGAGACCAGCAGGAGAGUGCUUGUCUAAAAAAUGGUUGCAUCCUCUUCUGUGUAAUGAAUGCAAAGCUCAGUGAAGGGAUUAACUUUUACGACGACUUCUGUCGUAACGUCCUGCUUGUUGGUAUUCCCUUCUUCAAACACGAAAAGGGGGGAUCGUCUUCUACCUCCACUGGGGAUCUUCCCCUGGAUAGGAACUCCCUCCGUUUGGAUUACUACCGCGCCUUCUCUGCGGACGUGGCACGAGAGGCUGAUGGAGCGGCCCCACCGUCGACGCAGUUGGAACACCUAAUCAGCGACAUGUGCAGGACGUACGAGCUCAAGUCUGCCAUGAAAAUAGUAAACCAGUGCAUAGGAAGAAGCCUGCGCCACGUGGACGACUACUCCUCCUUCUUCUUCCUCGACUAUCGGUUCGCCAACAAAGAAUUUUCCGACCUCUUCCCUUCAUUCAUCAGAGCCAACUUGGCUGCUACGAAGGGUGAUUCCUCUCUGCAGGACCAACAGGGAGGCAACUUCUUGGAGGAAAAAAAAAAAAUGAAAGAAGUUUUCGAAAAUUUCAGGCACCACUAUUGUAGGGCCUUUCCCGAUAUCCCCUUCGCGGAGCACAACGAAAGCCACUGGAAAAGCUUCACGCGGGAUGUGUUUCUUCUGCGCGAGUUUCACGCGGGGAGAUGA